AUGCAAUUCGGAACAAUCUUCCCAGCCACGCUCAGCUUGGGUCUCAUUCUUUCCACAGCUGCCGUCCCACACAUCAAGCGCAGCAACACCUGCACCAUUGCUCUCCAACUCCACAGCGAAGACCUCCCCGGAGGUGACCCUAUGUCGGGUGCAGGAGCCAACACGGCAAUAUUCGACCACUAUGGCCUCUUCACGUAUCCGAAUGGUUCUCAGUUCACGUUUCAGGCCUACCAGAAGAACCAGGAUGACUACUGGAUAUACUCUAACGGCACGUAUACCAACGGCACUGGUUGGUCUGUUGGUUCGGGAGACUACGGGCUAUCAAAUUGUGUGGCUCAGCUUGGAAGCACUUUCUACAAUAGUGAAGAUGUUGAUGACUCCACGUGUAAGACGUACAGUGGCGGUGGGCCUUUUUAUGCUGACCAAGGUUGUGAGUGCUUUUUCGAUUGUUAA